CGUCCUCUCUGGCCCUCCCCGAGGGCCUUCCAUCCUGGUCGCCCUUAGUGCUUCCGAGGGGCGUUGUGGCUCCUCCAGCGCGCCCUCCCAGGCCGUGUCUGUCUUGAGGGAAGGGAAGGGGGCCCCUGAGGCGGCCUUCCUCUCCUGGGCGCCCACCCGACCGAGAAGGCCCGGAGGAGGAGGAGGACGGAGGAGGAGGAGCCGCGCCCUCUUGGGCCCAAAGCGAGCCAGCAGCCAUGGCGGCCUCCCGCCUGCCCCCGGCGGCCCCGACCCUCAAGCAGUUCUUGAGGCGGCAACAGGUCCUUCAGUUGUACAGAAAAAUUCUGCAAGCUAUUCGUCAGGUUCCUAAUGAAGCUGAUCGUGAUUACUUGAGAGACUGGGCAAGGGAAGAAUUCAAAAGAAAUAAAGAUGCUACAGAGGAGGAUACAAUUAGGAUGAUGAUUACUCAAGGCAACCUACAGCUUCAAGAGCUUGAGAGAACACUAAAGCUGGCAAAAUCCUAGGCUUAACUCUGCUGAUGGAUCACAGUAUCUUGUUGGCAUAAUUUCCGCAGAAGAUGUUGCAUUGGAGAGGCUUGCAAAAAACCCAAAGGUGAUUUCUGUGCAGACUUAGGCAAGGAAGAUAGCACAGUAUUUAGGUGGGAAAGCUGAGCUCAUGUGAACCAUAAGGUACUAUCAUGAGAUAUUUCCAAAUAAAUGUCUACAUUUGAACUAGACACAUCAGAAAUGCAAAAGGGAAUUUACUAUGUGAACAUAAAUCAGUCCUGUGAACACCAGAAUGUUAACCAAGCAUUCAAACUCUAAUUUUGUCAAAUUAAAAAAAUGGCUCACAA